UAUGAAUUUAAAUAUUAUGACUUUUAAAUGCUUUUUUAUAUAUGUUUUUUAUUUUCAUAUUUCGUUUUAAAAUUAAAAUUAUUUAAAAUUCAGAAUUUUAAAUAAAUUCAAAUUUAUAUAUAUAUUUGAGGUUAAAAACAAUAUUCAAAAUAUAUUAUAAAACGAAACGUCGAUGUAGGCUCGACGUAAACAUUACAACUGAUUACCGUCGAAAAAAUUUACGAGUCUUUUACAUCGAAGUUUUUACGUGGUCUUUACAUCGAAAUGUUACGUGGAGUUUACAUCGAAAUAUUUACGAGGGUGUUACAUCGAAAUGUUUACGUGUUUGUUACAACGAAAGUGUUUACGUGUGCUUUACAUCGAAUCUAUUACGUGGAGUUUACCACGAAAUUUUACGUGUCGUUUACGACGAAUCUAUGCCCUGCGCUUUACGAGGAAUAUAUUUCGUCGUAAACUUUACAAGUCAUUUACGACGAAACGUCGGUUACAACGGGCGUUUUACGACGAAACGUGUUUCGAGGUUCAUUCGUCGUAACACCCUGUUUACGACGAAGUUACAACGUAUAUUGCCCUCGUAAAAAAUAUGUUUUCUUGUAGUGUCACUUCACAUCUAUUUCCAAAUUUUACUUUCUUUCUCUUUAUAUAUUCUCUAUAGGCUAUAUACACAAAAUACACAUGGAUCCUUCCGUCAAAGAAUAUCAAGAAAUGUUAAAAAUCGAGAAACGAGGUCAUCAAGAUCUUGAUUUAGGCUUGACCCUUUUCCGUGGUACGACUUCAUCAGAGUUCAAUCUCAUCGAUUCUUUUAAAUCCAGCUCAUCGUCGACUUCUCAUCAUCUUCACAAUCAUCAAGAACAUUUGGACGAUCCGAGAGUGUUCUCAAGCAACUAUUGUCAAAGAAAGUUUUAUAGCUCACAAGCACUAGGCGGUCACCAAAACGCUCAUAAACGCGAACGCACCUUAGCCAAACGCCGGAAGUACUACAAGAUGAGUCUCUCCUCCUCCCCUCCUUCCUCGGCGUUCGCGUUUGGACACGGUUCAGUCAGCAGAUUCGCAAGCAUGGCAUCGUUACCGUUACAUGGCUCGACUAGUAACAGAUCAACGCUAGGGAUUCAGGCUCAUUCAACGAUCCAUAAUCCCCUUUUAGGAAGACAAAGAGCGAGUUUAAGUCAUGUUUUCAAACAGAACGUUCACCAGAGACCGGCCAUCGGAAAGAUGCUGCCAGAGAAAUUUCACCUUGAAGUGGCCAGCAGUAAUAACAGUAAGUUUACUGCUCCUGAGUUGGAGAGGAUUGGAUAUUUCAAGAACAAGCAAGAAGAUCAUAAUCAGUUUAGCAAGAUUGACUUGACUCUUAAGCUAUAAUCUCUUAUCGUCAUCGUCUUUUAGUCUUUAUUACUGUAACUUUCAAUUAUAUAAAUAUCUCUUGAUGCUUAUCUUUGCUUGAUACAAUGAUUGACUGCAGAAUGUGUAAAGAGUUUCAUUAACUAAGCUAUACCUUUUCCAUGAUAUCUUGUUUUGUAGUU